AUGACUGUGAAGGCUCCAACAGUCAACAUCAAUUUUAUCCAACAGGAUGAGGAUGAGUCUGAGCUCAUGAAGUCUAAGUUAAAGAAACAAAUAAACACUUUCCACUUGGACAUCAUUUUGAUGCUAACUUUGAUAAAUGCAUCUGAGUCCACAUCAUCUUCAGCUCCAGUGUUCAACUUGACAUUUAACAACAAGUUUAUGCUAGUCUUGGUUGAACUCAUAGGUCAAAGGGCACAAGUUGUUCUCCUUGGCAUUAUAAUAUGUUUCCUGAUGAAUCUCUUCAUAAUGAGUUUCCUGCCUGUGAUGGUGAAGCACAUCCAGUGGUAUUAUGAAGAUCACGCACUGUUGGAUGAUGGUGCACAUGCAGCAUUCUUCAAAGAACAUGGUGCCUGGUGGACUGAACUUGCUUACCUCUCGUACUUUGAUCUUAUUCCAAUUGUUUGGCAAACCUUCAUCGACAAGUCGAAUAAAGACUUUGAGUCUGCAAGGAAGCGCUAUCUCAAGGCUCAAGAAAAAUUCAACAUGGACUUUAUGGCAUGGAAGCAUGAUGAGCCAGCUAACCUACUACAUCUAUCAACUGCACUGAAGAUAUUUUGUGGAAGCUCUGUGCAGCUUGAUUUGCUACCACAAGCUGAAGCACUACUUCAAGAAUAUCUUCUUGAAUUCAAAUGGCAUGCACCCUUAGAUGUAUGGCAAAGAGUCAAUGAAGCCGUUGGCAACUUUCACUGGUCGGUUCACCUUGUGCAGCAAAUCAAUGACUAUGGGCCUGUUUACAACUUCUGGGUGUUUCUGUCUGAGUGA